UUCAAACUUCGCUAAUUGUGAUCGUUUCUAUGCAUUUAGCUUUACAUCAUACUGUCCAAGCUCUUGAACACAGGUUAUGGAAUAUAAUCCCUGGAGCCUUCUGUGCAAUUAGCCUAACAUCAUACUGUCCUUGCUGGCGGACACAGGUCAUGAACAUGCAUCGUUGGUCUAAGUUAACAAGUUUCCGAAAGAUCGCGUUAAUGUAAAUGGCUUCCAUUUGAAAAAGGCGCUAACAUCUUGACAAUCAUUUGUGACCAGCAACAUAUAUUACAUAAACUGAGACAUAUCACUUACAUAGGAACAACAGCAGUUACGAUGUAGUGUGGAAAGCGCAUACUUCAUAUUUUAUAUACUGUUAAUCCACGGUCGUGGAGGCAUCUGAAUGCAAUGGCAAACUUGACUCCAAAACUCAGUGGUGCAGGAAUAAGAACUCUCGUUGAAGAAACACCAUCAUGCACACCAGUCCCACAAGCAUCAUCUACAGUAGCCCACAGGAAUUCUGAUUGUAUGCCAGCAGUUAUACAUGAGGAUUUGAAAACAGUGUAUCAAGCCAUUCAGUUGAAAGGUGCCAUAGAUGGAUUAGAAUCAUUUUCAAACAAAUUCAGAAAUGCAAAAUCACAAUUUUGUGAGCAGAAUAAGGCUUCAGUAACCAAGAGCAUUGGCACUAUGCCUCCAACUGAAAGAUGUAGAGGAGCUGGUGCAGUUGUGAGUGACAGUGAUGCUGAUUCCUCUCUUGGUAUUCUGAAAGAAGAUGAAAUGCCAGAUUUAUCAGAGGAUGAAGUAGACAGCAAAGGGAAACUGCCUUCAACUCAUGACAGUCAUACUAAGAAGAAAACUGUUGUUACUGCAGAACUGUCAGAUCUGGCGGUAGAUAUGAGACUUCGACUGCAAAAAGAACUUGCAUGGAGGGCAAUUAAUAGAGUUUCUGUUUCAUCAUACCAGUCAGUAGCUGGCAGUUUAAAAGAACCUGAAGGUGCAGAUCUGGGAAAUGAGUUAUUUCAAAAUGUUGUGCCGUCAGUAGAUAUUUCUCAAUCUGUAUCUGAAAGUAUGAAAAUGGCUACACUUUUGAGUGGUUCCCUGAACCUAUCAAAGCUUCACAGUGAACGUGGUCAUACUACAGAAAUAAUUGAGGACAAAAUAGGUGAUAAAAUAGAUGGUUUAAAUCAGUCUCUUAACCUCUCUGGAUCAUCAUGUUCAGAAACACUUCAUAAUCCAUUUGAUCACUUAAAAUUAGACAGUGAAUUGGCUGGGAAGAUGGCAGCAAUGAUGUUAGAAUUAUCUUCUGAAGAUUUCAUGCCCGGGGAAAGAUGUGAAGAGAAGCUUGCAGCAGAUGAAAGUGCUUGGAAGAAGGAAAAUAUCCCACCAGCUGUUGGACCUACAUCUGCAGCCAUAUCAAAUAUAGACUUCUCAGGUAUUGUAGGUAAUGCUGAAAUCUCUCUCCAGUCAGUGGAUGUUUCUCACUGUGGACAUCCAAAAAAGAGGGUCUCUGUUGGUGAAUUUUUUCGCCUUAAAUCAGAACAGCUUGAUGGACUAGUAGCAAAGUCUAACAUUAAUACAAAUUUUGGAAUUCAAGCCAAGAGGCCAGAUAAAGGUCACACACUUAUGCCAUUGAUAGAAGGUGAACUGGAUGACAGUGUGCCUCAGGAAGUCUCUAGCAAUAAUCAAGACUGUACAAAAGAAACAGAGGAAAUAUGCAAAUCUCUUUCCUAUUCUGAUAGAAGAAAAUCUUCAUUAAAUUCAUCAGGACGCAGUAUUGACCAACGAGACACAUUAAGUCUCUCUUGUAUUGCCGAUAUUCUGGCAAAGGUUGAUACAUGUGGAUCACCACGUACAGUUGUUUCAAAUAUUCUAAAGCAUAGUGGCCUCUGCAGUUCAAAACGAUCCUUUCCAGUCAAAACUGCAAGUGCUCCACAGCCUUUAUGUAGUAGCUCUAUUUCAGAUGGUGAUAGAAAAUUGAAAGAUACUUCUGUAGUUAGUAAUGCUAAUGUGUAUUCUGGUUCCAAGAAAGAACAUGUCUCUAGUUUAUCUCAUUCUAAAUGUGAUACAAGUUCCAUUAGUGAUAUCAAUACAGUUGACCAUUCUAGGAAAGGUGUACCAGUACUUAAUGUACAGAAAACUGUGUCGCAUACCGAGAUAAAUGUCUCAGACUGUAGUGAUGAGAAGGGAAAACUAUCAUACUCAAAUCAUACAAGCUUAUCUUAUGAUGGAGAUGACUCUGCAGUGAGUAACGAGAGUAGCGAUGCCUGGGUAUUUUCAGUCCCAAAUGCCAGUGUAGGGGUUGGUGCCUUACUUUGUUCUUCAAGCUUAAAAAGAGGUAAAAAGAAUGAGAGUGCUCUGACUUUGGAUAAGGAAGAUAAGAAUUAUGAUCAGACAUUCACACUUGAAGAUAAUAUUUCAGCUGGAGAUUUGAAUAUCCAUGAAUUUAACACUUUGGUGGAGAAUAAACAGUUGGGCAGAUCUAUAGGAUGUUUAACUCAAGACCUUGGUUGCUUUCCUGAGAAGUCUGUUGAAUGCUCUGAUGUGGUGUCACCAUUGGAAAAGAAGUAUCCUGAACUACAGUCACACCUGUCUGAGGUCAGCAUGAAAAAUGCACAGAGUGGGGAUAAACUUGAAUGCGAUUUGUCCAUUCAUUCUGUUGAAGGAGGAACAUCUUUACAGUCAGUAAUGUAAAAGUGGUGCCUCUGUGUGAAGGGAAACUGAAAAUUUCACUUAAAAUCCACUUGAGUGAUGUGGUGACAAAGGCAAUGCAAUCAACUACCUGUGAUGUCUUUGUAAUAGGAGAAGAGCCUCAGAUUAUGAUAACAAAGGCUGACAAUUCUGACAUGAGUGUGGACUUUGGUGUGUUGCCAGAGGAAUGUGCAAAGGAAAUAAGCUUGAAAUUCCAUAACCGUGGUGCUGCAAGUAUUCCUCUUAAACUUGUUACUGUUCAUCAGGCCCAAGACAGGCUUUCCACUUUUGUUUUAUUGGACCCUGAAAAGCAAAAGAAUAAGAACAUGGCUGAAAGUGAAGUUUCAAGGGAACUGACAUUCACUUUAAAGACUGGGGAUGAAAUAAAUGUGACAGUCAUGUUUGCUGCUCCACCAAUGAGGCUUCUAACAAAAGCAGCACAGAAAGGAUUUGUGAAGCUGUCUGGAGUACUGUCUCUGAAGCUUAUUGGUAUCAUACAAAUUGAAUUGGAGAGUUUCAAAUUAAUUGGUAGCGUUGGUACAACAAAGUUGGGAAUCUUUCGUCCAGCGAUACCUAUGCAGCUUGCCAUCAAAGGACCUGGAAAGACUGACACAUGUCAUUUACCAAUCAGGAAUCACGGUCUUGUUCCUCUGACUCUUGACCUGCAAUUAUUGCCAUCUGACACUGAGCCCAUAUCAAUGACUGUUGAGCCUGGGAAGGUUGAGUUACAGCCAGGGGAGCAGGUAGAACCCAUCAUCAGGUUUACUUCAUCCAGACCACUCAAAGAACCUGUGCAAAGGAUGCUUCAGAUAACAAUGCAACCACAUGGACCUGUGUAUUUUGUAGAAGUGACAGGAGUAAUGACUGCAACUGGCAGUCAGGAAAUUAGAAAACCAAAAUUUCAGCCUGAACAAGUUGUAGCUACAACCAAAGACUCGCUGUAUAAAAGUGAAUCUGAUAAGCAUCUUGGAAAGGCACUGUCUUACCAGUCAUCCAAAGGCUGUUCAAGUGUGAAAUCUGUAUGCAGUAGUGGACAGUCUAAGUGUAGUUGUGAAUGGCAUUCCAUAAAAUCACAGAAGAGCAACAGCGGUGGUUCCACAGCUGGAGAAAAACUGAAUGUUAGAACAACCCAUCGUCAAUUAGUGUGGGGCAGUGUGGCUGUUGGCAAGAGUGUCACUAAGUCAUUUGCCAUCCGCAGUGAAGACUGUUCCAAAUUGGCUGUCUAUGUUUAUGUUGAAGACAAACUCCAUUCUUAUGAGUUAAUUGACAGUGAUGGGCUUGUGAUGGGAGAGAAGUGUAUUACACUCCUUCCAAAGAAGAGCCAUUCUUUUCGUGUCAACUUCAAGCCUCGGGAAAUAGGAGCAGUAUGUGGCAAACUGGUAUUCAUCAUACAAGGCAUACACCUAAUAAUUCCAAUGUAUAGCUUUGGAGGUCAUGCCCGAUUGAUAGCCAAGGGUGUACCCAGAGAUGGUGCAGGUCGUAUGUGGCUUAUGUUACACCAAGAUCCUCAUAAAACAGUCUGGGAAACAAGCUUCUCUCUACAGAAUUUUGGUGAUUUGAAGGCUUUUAUAAAAAUUAAACCUAUUUCUAAAGGAUUCCAGAAUAUGAGUACAGUAAGUCUUAUUGUCGAGCCAUCAGAACUUGUGAUGCUUGAAGGAACAUCUGCUAAGAUCAAAGUGACAUACAAACCACAGAAACAGGAUCUAAAGUUGUUAUUAAACAACAGUAUGAAGGAUGUUAUAGAAGUUGCAGCUUUGAGUCUUGUAUCUGGAGAUGAAGCUACCCGUCACAGACUAAGGAGAAUUCAUGAGAAGAAUUUGGACCUGGCUAAGAGAGGGGUGAAUGGUGAGCAUGCAACACACAAUAUUCAGCUUGACUUGCAACCUCUCUGUGCACAGUUUCUAGGUGAGGAUGAUCAUGGGACUCCUGAUGUAAUGUCACUAAAGGACCCUCAGGACAGUGCACUGGAGUUGUAUAAUGCUGGUGUGAAUCAUCAGGAGAUUAUACUGUUACUAGAGAAUGCUACUGAUGGCCAUAGUGUUGAUGCUAGCCAAGCAUUCCAGUCGAUGUAUCAAUAUGUUGUCAAUCUUUCAACUACAAGGCAAGAAGACCUUGAUGAGUCCCCUGGAUCAUGUGAAUGGAAUAUUCACCCAUCUACUUUGACAUUGCAACCACCACAUCUGAAUAGUGUGCCUGUGCACCUGUGGACAUAUGGUGUACACAAACAGCAUUUUGAAGUAGUUGUUGUAGAACAUCCUCCAGGUUUUAUUCUGAAUGUCAGCCCAAAUGCUGGAAUCAUUCCCACAUCUGAUAGUGUGGAGCUUACCAUAACGUGCACUGAAAUUUUCAUGCCACAGACUACUAACCUGAACUUUUGGAAAGGAGUUGUAAAGAUUUAUAUCGAGAAUGACUUCAAGGUAUUGAACAUCUGCAUUCAGUAUCCUCCAACCCAUAAAAAGGAAGUACCGAGCAAGCAAUUGGUACCUAGAGAUAGUUAUAAUGUUGGCCAUCAUGCACAUAGUUCAGUGCAUGUAGCAUCACAUUCUAGAACAUCUAUUUUAAGUACACCCGCAUUAAGGAAGAAAAGGUUGACCAAUGACCAACUAAGUAACAAUGUUCAUGCUGGGACUGGUCCAAAAGAUCUUUCUUGUCAUAAAAGUAGUCGUGCACAUUAGCUCAGUCACCCAUGAAAUUCUGAAAAGCCACAUCAAGUGCAGAGUUCUGUCAACAUCUGCAAGUAAUGAAGAGACAACUACUCUGGAAAUAUGAAAUAAAUCUAAAGAUCUGUGACAAAGGUGUAUUAUUAAACUGACAUAUAUGUUGGAUAUUUUCAGCCAUCUGAUUUUUGGCUAAAGAAACACUGUUUCACAAACUGCCUCUACUUUUGUCAUUGGAUAGAAGUAUGAAACUACUCUGUUAGCUCCAUUAGAUGAAGCUCAACUCUUAUCACUGCACCAGGGAUAUUGAUUAGCUGCAUUUAAUAGACUCAGCAGAGUGGGUUUGAUAAUGGAACCACAGCCGGUUUCCAAAACAUUGUAAUCUGUAACCAAACAUGAGGCAAUGGUAAAUGUCCAGUAUAUAUGCUGGUUUAUGCUGGAAAUAGUUGUUAAUUAGGAAGUACCAUCACCAUAUAAAUGUCUUACAUGUGGAAUAGCAGACACUGCCUUUGGUCUUUAUGUCAUUCUCAUAUUCCUAGAAAAAUUUAAUCUGUUUGUUGAGGAAUAUGGAAAAUAAUUUUAGCUUUAGUAUCUUUAAUAUUUUUAUUGUAAUAUGUGCAUUAAUUUAAUUGGUUGUUAAUAACCCUCAAAAGAAUAAAUGUGAAUUUUGUAAAUAAUUUAUUGGUGAUUUUGAAUUAUAAAAUAAUGGAAUAUGGUGUUUUAUUAUUACUUAAAGUCAUGGUCAUUAUUACUUAUAUUAUUUAACAUAUGCUGUUUGUAUUGUAACCAGUUUCUGAGGAAGCACAGCUUCUGUACUAUAAA